CACUACUCCUUUGUUAAAAAAUAUCAGGGGAGAGCACACUCAUUUGGAGGGCCCCUCCUUCCAGGAAGUUGCUGCAACUUUGAAUGAAUUAGAGCACGUUGUCUACUGGGUUCAGCGCAAGGAUAAAUAGCGUAGGGGCUUCCUCUGCUCUUCUCAAGAGCCCAGGGAUUAGAGGAAGAAAGAAGAGCGAAGAGUUGAGCUGAGUUGAUACCAAGAUGGGGAGAGCUCCCUGCUGUGAAAAGAUGGGUCUGAAGAAGGGGCCAUGGACUCCAGAAGAAGACCAGAUACUGAUUGCUCAUAUCCGGAGAUAUGGCCAUGGGAAUUGGCGCGCGCUGCCGAAACAAGCUGGUCUGUUGAGAUGUGGGAAGAGUUGCAGGCUUCGAUGGAUUAACUACCUGCGACCGGAUAUCAAACGAGGGAACUUCACAAAGGAGGAAGAGGAAACCAUCAUCCACUUGCAUGAGAAACUUGGGAACAGAUGGUCUGCGAUUGCUGCGAAGCUGCCAGGGCGGACGGAUAAUGAAAUCAAGAAUGUGUGGCACACACACUUGAAGAAGAGAGUAAACCCGAACCAGGUGGCGCAAGAAUCAAAGAAAAAGACCCAAGUUGAUGCCAUGAUUGAGAAGGAGUCCAAACAUACGCCUACACAACUCAAUUCAGGCUUAACGCACCCAAGAUUUGAUGAUCCAAGACUUCUGCCAGUAUCCCCAGAACGAUCAUAUAGUGACAUCUCAUGCACUGCUACUGAUUCAUCUACAAUAUCGCGAGAAAAUACUUGCAAUGUGAGUGUCAAAGAAGAGAGCUUUUCUUCAGAAGAAUUCCCGGUGAUCGAUGAGAGCUUCUGGUCAGAGACAUUAUCCAUGGAUUUCACAGCAUUAGAAGGUCCAACAUUUGGUCCACUAGGGGAGCCCUUUGGCUCAUUUGGGGCAUCCAAUGAUGAUGACAUGGACUUUUGGCUAAGGGUGUUCAUGGAAGCUGGUGAUUUGCAGGCUUUGCCACCAAUUUAACCACUGGAAGGGACAUGCGAUAUAGAUUCCAUUUUGAUGUGAAUGAGGAAAUUGACUUUAGAUAAAUUUUUUCCUAUAAAUUUUUCAGUGGUGGGUGAAUUCGUUAACUCUACAUCAAUCAAGAAAGAGUCAUAGGUGAACUGGGCGAGUUUGAAAAUUUAACCGUUUUUGAUCCUUUCUUCCAUGUAUAGAAACAGAUAUUGCCGUGUGGAUUUUUCAAACAGCAAAAAUUUGUAAUUUGGAUAUUUUCCUAAUAGAAACGAUUUUUAUUUA